CAACCCCCGCCCACGGGGCUUCGAUAUCCCACGACCCAACCAUGUCCCACCCACCCCCAGGGCCCACCACCUCGGCCCCGUCCUCCAUAUCGCCCGCCAACAACCCCGGCCACACCAUCAUCCUCUCCUUCCCGUACGCCCUCACCCACUACACCUCGCACACCCCGACCUCCGAGAUCCUCCCGCAAAUCAUCACAAAAGUACAAGCCCUCUGCGAGAGUGUCGCGCAGGAGACCGGGUGUGUCGUCACGUUCACGAGUCCGGAGGUCGGGGGGUAUAGAUCCCAGCGGGAUGGGCGAGACAAGGGGGCACAGGAAGGGGGGCAGAUGCCGUUCGAGGUGUUGAUGAGUGUGACGGUGAUGGGCCCGCCGGCGAUGGCGGGGAGGGCAAGGAGGGGGAUGUUGAGGGGGAUCCCGACGCAGAGCAUGCUAAUCAUCCGCGCGCCGCACCCUUUCCUCCUUUCCACGACCUCGGAGAUGCAACCGCACGUGCGGCACCGUCUGGACGCCAUCAUGAGCAGCACCCGGACGCACAUCACCUGCGUCGGGCGGAGUAGCAACAACACCACCGAGGACCGCGGGGGGAUGAGCAAAGUGACCGUGGUGGCCGAGUCCCCGUGGGAGACGAUGGAUCUGGAGGUCGUGGGCCGCGCCGAGGAUCUGGAGAUGGCCAAGAUGGAGGUGUUGGUGUAUUUGGAUCAGUUGGCCGGCCUGCACAUCGAAGCCCUAACCCUCCUCCCCACCCUGCACCCGCUGCUCGCGGGCCGCAACAACAAACAGAUCGAACUGCUCAUGCACGAGCACCAGACCAACAUCUACCUCCCGACGCCGUUCGUGGGCGAGACGUGUAGCGUGGAGACGCAGGCGCAGGUGAAUGCGUAUGCGCGCACGGUGUGGGUGACGGGGACCGUGCAGGGGGUGACGAGGACGGUGGAGGAGGUUGUGGGUGUCGCGGGGAUGCGGUCAAAACACCUGCAAACACAUACGCUCCCCACCAUCUCCCGCAAACUCGACUGGCUCCUCCUCUCCCGCACGCCCGCCCUCCUCUCCAUCAUGUCCGACAACGCCACCCACAUCGCCCUCCCCGCGCUCGGGUCCACAGGCACCUCCGCCUCGCUGGUCGUCACCGCCGGCGACCGCGUGUACCUCGACCGCACCUGCCGCGCGGUGAUGUACCUGCUGUGCGAGUUCUACAUCGCCGGGAUCCAACUGACCUCCAACCCGGUGCCCGCGAACGCCAAGCCCAGCCACCCGCUCGUGAACGCGUUGAGCAUGCUACCGCUGCAGACGCACUCGGAGGUGGUGCUGGCGUCCCCGUACAUGGAGAUCUACGGGCUGAACCCGUUCGUCAAGUCCGCGUUCCUGGCGCUCGCUGGGCACCCCGCCAUCCUCCCGUUGAUCCGGGACACAAAGUUCCAGGUCGAGCUCGCGAUGGAGCAUAAGGAUUUCAUCAACGGGAAGAAGAACGGCAAGAUCAACAAGAUCACAAAGACAUCCGGGUGUCGCGUGUCCUUCCAGGAGAACUUCAACGAGUGGAACAUGCUCAUCGAUCUGUGUAACUCCACGCCGGGGAGAUGCGUCGAGGGGUUGGGCAUGCUGGAAGACGAGCUGCCGGCCGAGAUCAGUUUCCACGUCCCCGAAGCGUUCCACAAGCGGAUCAUCGGGGUCGGGGGCAAGAACAUCCAGCGGAUCAUGAAGAAAUGGGCCGUGUACGUCAAGUUCUCGAACGCGGAGGAGUAUGCGCAACUCGGCGGGUACUUCAAGAACAUGGAUAACGUGAUUGCGCGCACGCCGGCGAAGAACAGCGCGAAUUUGGGGCAUGCCAAGGCGAGCAUCAUGGAAUUGACGGGGGAGAUGAGUAAGCCGACUUUGACGGUUGCGCUUAGCAUACCCCGGCAAUUGCAUCGGUUUGUUGUGGGGCCGCGGGCGGUGUAUUUGAACGAUAUAACGCAGAGCACGGGGGCCGAGUUGGCGUUUCCGAGAAGGGAGAGUGGCGCGGACGAGGUGGAGGUUGUCGGGACGGAGAGUGCGGUGAUUAGCGCGAGUAAUCGGUUGAGGGAUUUGGUACCCGGGGUGCAGUUUUUCAUUGUGCCGGGCGGCCAGGCGGCGUUUUAUGCGGUUACGAUGCAGCCGGAUGUUUCGGCGUUGGCCGCGCAGUUGUUGCAUGAGCUCGGGGUGGAGAUGUAUGUGUAUCACCCGCCGCCGCCGUCGGCGGAGAAUAACCCACAACAGCAACAGCAGCAGCAAUCGUCGCCGACGAACAACGAAGGUAGCGUCGAUUGCACGUUCAUGCUCUAUUUCCACCGGCACCAUACCCCCCCGACAAGCCUCGACGCCGCCAAGGGUCUGAUCACCGAGUACCUGACCACCCGCGGCGUGCCUCUGCAACAACACGUCCCGAAACAGGGUAUGGGCGGCCGCACCGGGAGCUACGCCAACCUCCAACACCGGAGCUACGACUCCUUCCAGCAUUUCCCCUCCAAGCUCGUCGUCGGGGUCAGCAGCGCGCCCCAGGGAGAAGCAAGCGACGCGGCGGCGGCAGCGUUUGCCAAUUUCUACCCCCCGCCGCCGCACGGGAUGCACCCGGGCGGGAUCGCCAACAGCAAGAUGGCGCAGUCGACACCCGAUUUGCGACACUUGUUUGAGGAUGCCGGGCCGUCCUCUUCGCCGGGGCGGAUGAGCACCCUCAAUGCUCCGCAGCAUUUACUGAGGCGCAGCAAGAGCGGGUUACCGAACCCGGCUGACGCGCGGGAUAUGCUCUCGGUAACGCUCGAAGCGACGUCCAUUACACCUCAACAACAACAGAACCCGGGCGCAUGGCCGGUCCACUUCGCGCGGCGGCAGGGUUUGAUGUCGAUCGAUACCGCCAACACGGGCGCGAACGAGGAUAAUGAUUCGGGGAUGGAUGAUCCGGCCAAGAACGCCGAGUUGCUUAAAGGGUUCGCGGGGAUGCUGAGCCCCAUCGACGCGCCUGAACGUGGGAGCAGUGGCAGCAGCCACACGGGCGGGGAGCACCAGUUCCAUCAUGGGCUCAAACUGAGUCGGAGUAUGGGGAUGUUGGAUGAUCGGGGCGGGAAUAACAACGCGCAACCGUCCCGCGGGUCGUCGAAUUUAGUCCCCGAGAUAUCAGCCAGCGACCCGCCGCCGUCGUUCACGGCGCAGACGAUUGAGACGUUGUUUAGCAUGGAGCGGGCUCACCCGAAAGCGUUCGCGCAGACGGAGUUCCUGUUGAGCAGUCUGGAGCUGGAGAACCAUUUGGCGAUAUUUAUUGAGCAGGAAGUGGAUUUCCCCACUAUCUUGCUGUUGGGGGACGGGGACUUGAAGGAGCUGGGCGUGCGCGCGUUUGGGACGCGGAAACGGAUUUUGGGCGCGAUCAGGCAGUGCAAGGAUUGGCGGGAUGCGCAUUUGGGCAGCGUUGGCAACGUCGGGGGAUCGCAGCAGCAGCAGCAGCAACAACAACGGUCGCAUCCCCAGCAGCAUGCGCAACAGCAUCAUCAACAUCAACACGAGCAGCACGGCCGCAUGCCGUAUCUGAUACCCGGCGAAUACCACUCCUAUUCCGCACGGGCGUCCGUAUCGGGCGCCGGCGUCACCGGCGGCUACCACCCACACGCGCACCCACACCCCGUCGUUCAACGCUCGAGCGUCGGCAGCCGCCCGCAAUCGCAGCAGUCGUCCCAUUCGUCGAAUUCGUAUCAGGACCACGAGCAGUCGAGUAAUGCGUUCCAGGGACACCCCUUGGCUGGCCAGGGUGGUCCCCCGCGGAAGGGGUUUGGUGAUGGCCGCAGUGCUGGUGAGUACUGAGAAGGCUUGCUUGCUUGCGCCUGCCCCCCUUUGUAUAUAGUAGACGUUUCUCCUUUUUUGGGUCGGGGUCGGGGUGGGAUCUUAGCGUAUUUGUGUUGGACCGUCUGUUUCUUCCCCCUUCUUCUUUAUUUCUUCCUUUCUUGGCGACCUAUUUUCUCGUUUUUGUGAUUGGGUCUCCCAACAAUCAUCCCAACCUUUUUAUCUUUCUUCUUUUCCUUCUUCUUUGCUAUUGCGUAGCGUGAUGAGGUUGUCGAAAGCGAGGUCUAACGAGACUCUGACCGCACC